AUGGUGAAGCACCAUCUCGAUAGAAUAGCAAGUGACAUAAUGUUUCUACAAGAAACAAAGUGCAACGAAGAGGCAGGAGAAACAUUUGUCAAGUUUUGCAAAGGUUGGAAAGGUGUUUUUCAAGAGGUUGAUGGUUCUGUAGGAGGGCUGGGAAUCAUAUGGAAACCUAAUUUGGUUGAGGUUACUCCAAUUAGAAAGAGGAGAAAUUGGAUGGCUUGCAGAGUACAAAUCAGAUUCAGUUCUUUGGAUUUUGUUUUAUGGAAUGUUUAUGGUCCUACACCAACAAUAGAUGAGGCAAAAGUUUGGGAUGAACUUAGUCAGGGCAUUUGCUCCUACAAAAAUGAGAAGUUCAUUUUUGUUGGAGAUUUCAAUGCAAUUCUUGAUUUGUCAGAAAAAAGCGAAGGUCGUGGUAGGUGGGAAAUGAACAAUAUUCCUCUCUCUACAUCUACACUUCCUAUUGGAGUCUUAGAUCAUUUUCUGAUUCAGUUGGAGUUUAGUUCAAAAUGUUGUUGGGGCAAUGGUUAUUUCAAGUUCCAAAAUAUGUGGUGGAGAGAGAAAUCGCUUCUAAAAUCAUUGGAGUUGUGGAAUGAAUGCAGUUUCAAUGAUACCAUUAGCUAUUGCUUUGUCAAGAAAAUCACUUACAUCGAGGACAAGCUUAGAAUUUGGAACAGAGAGGUUUUUAAAACUAUCUUUGAGGGGAAGGAGGCGGUUGAGAAUGCUCUAGCAAAGUUAAAUGAAAGAGUUGUCAGUUAUGGAAUGAAUCAGGCUGACUACCUCAGAGAAAAGGAUUUGAAAGCUAAGCUAUUUGAAGUUCUUGCCAUAGAAGAAAUUUACUAG